AUGAGUGGACCAAAGCCAACUGAGCAACAUCUGGAAUGCAUUUCGUCUCCAGAUCCUGAUGUCCUUCCAGACAAGCACGCUGCGGUCGAUGAAGAAUUGCGUAGGUAUGUUGUCGCGGCGGGCUCAGUUGAAGUGGAUGAGGCGACGAGCAAGCGACUUCGGAGAUUGAUUGAUAAACGCGUCUUGAUCGUUAUGGUUGGGACAUAUUUCCUACAAUCUCUGGACAAAAAUGCAAUCAGCUUCGCAGCUAUCAUGGGCAUUCAGAAAGAUGCCCACCUUGUAGGGCAAGAUUAUUCUUGGCUUCACACGGUCAUCUAUUUCGGAAUCCUGUUCGCUGAAUACCCGACGAAUCUCCUUGUGCAAAAACUUCCGAUCGGAAAAUACCUUGCCGCCAACAUUUUCCUCUGGGGAUUGACUCUGACUAUGAAUGUCUUCGGGUUCAACUUUGCUAUACUUUGUGCAUUAAGGGUUUUGCUUGGGAUCUUCGAAGCGGUAUCGCAGCCAACAUUUUUGCUUCUCUCGUCUAUGUGGUAUAAGCGCGAGGAACAGGCUCAUAUCGUGGCCUACUGGUAUAACGGCGUUCAAGGAAUCGUCGGUGGUCUCUUCGCCUAUGGAAUGAGCCAUGUCAACUCCCCAGUCCUCAAAUCCUGGCAACUUCUUUUCGUCUUGCUCGGCUGCGUCACCUGCCUCUGGUCCAUCUUCGUCUUCUGGUGGAUGCCAGACAGUCCCAUGCGAGCGACGUGCUAUUCGGAGACAGAUCGAAUUCUGAUCAUCGAAAGAGUUCGCGCCAAUCAAACCGGAAUUCAAAAUCGCAAGUUCAAAAAGGAACAUGUCCAGGAGGCUAUCAGGGAUCCUCAGAUUUGGCUCUAUAUAUUGAUUCAGAUCGUUAUCCAAAUCCCAACCGGUGGCCUGGGAUCUUUCUCCACGAUUAUUAUUAAUAAUUUUGGAUUCAGUGAGCUCGAUACGGAGCUACUUUCGAUGGUCAAUGGCGCCGUUCAAUGCGUCGUACUCCUGAGUGCAGCAUGGUUAUCUCGCCAUUACAACCAAACGAUUCUAUUCCAAUUUGUGAGAAGUUGCCCCAAAUCGAAUACCAAGAGCCGAGCUAACAAACUGAAUAAAGGCUUUCUUGCUACCGAAUAUUGCCGGAACCGCCCUGUACCAAUUUCCAAUUCUACAAAAGUCGGUCUAUUGAUCGCCUAUUGGUGUACCUUGUCCUUCUGGGGCACCACAGUGCUUCUCAUGUCUCUACUUUCCCGAAACGUAGCUGGCCAGACAAAGAAAUCAGUCAGCACGGCAUCAUUAUUCCUCGCAUGGGCGGUGGGAAAUAUGAUCGGACCUCAAGUAUUUCAAUCAAAGGAUGCGCCGAGGUACUUUACAUGUUUUUCGGUUCACAUGGGAUGUUAUGCUUGUAUCAUUAUUCUUCUUGGGGUUCUCCGGUGGCACUUGAAACGGGAGAACAGCCGGCGGGAUCUAUUACAGGAAGAUGAUUGGAGAGCUUCUGAGGCGAAUUUGGACAAUGCCUUUGAUGAUUUGACAGAUCGGGAGAAUCUUAGUUUCCGGUAUAAAUACUGA